AAAGGAUAUAGGAAGGAAGAAAUGGGGAGGGUCGAAAGGGCGCGCGCCGGCGAAACACCCGCUCCUAUGCCCUUUUCUCCCCCUUUUCCCGACGCGCGCUCUUGUUAAUCCGCUCAUCCCGAUCGCAUCCUCCUACCCACCCCCUGCAUAACACCGGACGGCGAAGGCUCGACUUAGAACAGCUCCGCUGUUAAAAAGAAGGGUCCGUUUCUUCGAGAAUGCCUAACCGACGACGUCAUCAUCCAGUGGGCGAUUAAGCGAUUGGGCGUUGUGAUAUACCCUUUCCCUCAUUCCUUGCUCCCCUUCCACGAGAGAGCACCUUUUUCACCUCCCCACGUGAAUAUAUGCCGCGCUUCCUUUACUCGGGCCGCAAGAGAUAGCACGUCCGUCGCAUCGCUCGCACGGCAGUGCUUUGGUGGCUCUUGCGUUUCGCACCCUGGAAUCAUGAAGCGCUCGCGGCGCCCGAAGCAGCAGCGUCGGUCAAGCGACGAAGAACAAGAACCUUUAACCACGGCCGAACGUCUUCAAGGCCCAGAGAACCUCGAACUGCAAGCGAUGUGCGGGAAUCUGCGUGGAAUGGUGCCCGGCUCGUCACCUGGAACGCGAGAAUCGACUGUCAACUGCGUGGACAUUGAGCGAGGCACCGGCGAUUACAUCGGGUGCCAUCUGCAGCAGCUGUUCGAACUUUGCGACGACGUGCCCGAGCACUGUCAGCGUUCCGCCAAAGUACCCCGGACGGGAGAUGAGCGCGCCAGCCUUCUUCCGCCUUUGGACAGCCGCGUGAGCGACUUUCCACCCACCUGUCCGCUCGCCGGACAGUCCUCCGACCUUGAUCCGUCUGCAUACAACCGCGUGCCCGUCUGGUCCUCCGACCUUGAUCCGUCUGCAUGUAACCAAGUGCCCGUGUGGUCCUCCGACCUUGAUCCGUCUGCAAGUAACCAAGUGCCCGUCUGGUCCUCCGACCUUGAUCCGUCUGCAUGUAACCAAGUGCCCGUCCAGUCGUCCGACCUUGAUCUGUCUGCAUGUAACGAAGUGCCCGUCCAGUCGGCCGACCUUGAUCUGUCUGCAUGUAACGAAGUGCCCGUCCCGUCCUCCGACAUUGAUCCGUCUGUACGCAACCAAGUGCCCGUCCCGUCCUCCGGCCUUUAUCCGUCUGUACGCAACCAAGUGCCAGUCCAGUCAUCUCACCUUCUUUCACCUUUACAUAACCAUGUGCCCGCCAAGUCCUCCCUUUGUGAUCCGCCUGCAUACAACGACGUGCCCGUCUGGUCCCCCGACGUUGAUCCGCCUGCAUACAACGACGUGCCCGUCUGGUCCCCCGACGUUGAUCCGCCUGCAUACAACGACGUGCCCGUCUGGUCCUCCGACGUUGAUCCGCCUGCAUACAACGACGUGCCCGUCUGGUCCUCCGACGUUGAUCCGCCUGCAUACAACGACGUGCCCGUCCGGUCAUCCGACGUUGAUCCGUCUGUACGCAACCUAGUGCCCGCCCAGUCCUCGGAUCUUGAUCAGUGUGUACGCAACCACGUGCCCGCCAAGUCCUCCCAUUGUGAUCCGCCUGCAUACGACCACGUUCCCAUUUGGUCCUCCGACCUCGGUCCGUCUGUAAGCAACCAUGUGCCCGUCCGGUCCUCCGACCUCGGUCCGUCUGUAAGCAACCAUGUGCCCGUCCAGUCCUCGGAUCUUGAUCGGUCUGUACGCAACGAAGUGCCCGUCCAGACCUCUCACCUUCGUUCACCUUUACACAACUACGUGCCCGCCAAGUCCUCCCAUUGUGAUCCGCCUGCAUACGACCACGUGCCCGUCUGGUCCUCCUACGUUGAUCCGCCUGCAUACAACCACGUUCCCAUUUGGUCCUCUGACCUUGAUCCGUCUGUACGCAACCAAGUGCCCGUCCGGUCCUCCGACCUCGGUCCGUCUGUAAGCAACCAUGUGCCCGUCCAGUCCUCGGAUCUUGAUCGGUCUGUACGCAACGAAGUGCCCGUCCAGACCUCUCACCUUCGUUCACCUUUACACAACUACGUGCCCGCCAAGUCCUCCCAUUGUGAUCCGCCUGCAUACAACGACGUGCCCGUCUGCUCCUCCAACGUUGAUCCGCCUGCAUACAACGACGUGCCCUUCCGGUUCUCUCACCAUCUUUCACCUUUACACAACCACGUGCCCGCCAAGUCCUCCCAUCGUGACCCUUCUGGAUACCCUUACGUGCCCGUCAAGGCCUCGUACCUUGAUCCGCCUGUACGCAACCAAGUGCCCGUCCAAUCCUCUCACCUUUCACCUUUACACAAGCACGUGCCCGCCAAGUCCUCCCAUCGUGACCCUUCUGGAUACCCUCACGUGCCCGUCAAGGCCUCGUACCUUGAUCCGCCUGUACGCAACCAAGUGCCCGUCCCAUCCACUCACCUUUCACCUUUACAUAAUCACGUGCCCGCAAAGUCCUCCCAUCGUGAUCCCCCUGCAUUCAACCAAGCUCCCGCCAAGUCCUCGUACUUUGAUGCGCCUGUACGCAACCAAGCGCCCGCCAAGUCCUCGUAUCUUGAUCCACCUGUACGCAACCAAGUGCCCCCCAAGUCCUCGUAUCUUGAUCCGCCUGUAUGCAACCAAGCGCCCGCCAAGUCCUCGUAUCUUAAUCCUCCUGUAUGCAACCAGGUGCCUGACAAGUCAUCGUACCUUGAUCCGCCCAUAGGCAACCAAAUACCCGCUAAGUCCUCGUACCUUGUUCCGUCUGUACCCAACCAAGUAUCCGUCCAGUCCUCUCACCUUCUUUCACCUUUACACAACCACGUGCUCUCCAAGUCCUCCCAUCGUGAUCCUCCUGCAUACAACCACGUGCUCGCCAAGUCCUCCCAUCGUGAUCCUCCUGCAUACAACCACGUGCCCGCCAAGUCCACCCAUCGUGGUACGCCUGCAUACAACCACGUGCCCGCCAAGUCCACCCAUCGUGGUACGCCUGCAUACAACCACGUGCCCGCCAAGUCCACCCAUCGUGGUACGCCUGCAUACAACCACGUGCCCGCCAAGUCCUCACAUCGUGGUACGCCUGCAUACAACCACGUGCCCGCCAAGUCCUCACAUCGUGGUACGCCUGCAUACAACCACGUGGCCGCCAAGUCCUCACAUCGUGGUACGCCUGCAUACAACCACGUGCCCGCCAAGUCCGCCCAUCGUGGUACGCCUGCAUACAACCACGUGCCCGCCAAGUCCGCCCAUCGUGGUACGCCUGCAUACAACCACGUGCCCGCCAAGUCCUCACAUCGUGGUACGCCUGCAUACAACCACGUGCCCGCCAAGUCCUCACAUCGUGGUACGCCUGCAUACAACCACGUGGCCGCCAAGUCCUCCCAUCGUGCUACGCCUGCAUGCAACCACGUGCCCGCCAAGUCCUUCCAUAGUGCUACGCCUGCAUACAACCACGUGCCCGCCAAGUCCUCGUACCUUGAUCCGCCUGUAUGCAACCAAGCGCCCGCCAAGUCCUCGUACCUUGAUCCGCCUGUAUGCAACCAAGCGCCCGCCAAGUCCUCGUACCUUGAUCCGCCUGUAUGCAACCAAGCGCCCGCCAAGUCCUCGUACCUUGAUCAACCUGUAUGCAACCAAGUGGCCGCCAAGCCCUCGUACCUUGAUCAGCCCGUAUGCAACCAAGUGGCCGCCAAGCCCUCGUACCUUGAUCAGCCUGUAUGCAACCAAGUGGCCGUCAAGUCCUCGUACCUUGAUCAGCCUGUAUGCAACCAAGUGUCCGUCAAGUCCUCGUACCUUGAUCAGCCUGUAUGCAACCAAGGGCCCACCAAGUCAUCGUACCUUGAUCAGCCUGUAUGCAACCAAGUGUCCGUGAAGUACUCCUGCCUUGAUCCGCCGUUAGGCAACCAAGUGCCGUUACAGUCCCCCUGCUUUGAUCCGCCGGUCUGCAACCAAGUGCCCGCCAAGUCCUCGUACCUUGAUCAGUCUGUCUGCAACCAAGUGCCCGCCAAGUCCUCGUACCUUGAUCAGUCUGUCUGCAACCAAGUGCCCGCCAAGUCCUCGUACCUUGAUCAGUCUGUAUGCAACCAAGUGGCCGCCAAGUCCUCGUACCUUGAUCAGCCUGUAUGCAACCAAAUGGCCGCCAAGUCCUCGUACCUUUAUCAGCCUGUAUGCAACCAAGUGCCCGUCAAGUCCGCGUACCUUGAUCAGCCUGUAUGCAACCAAGUGCCCGUCAAGUCCUCGUACCUUGAUCAGCCUGUAUGCAACCAAGUGCCCGUCAAGUCCUCGUACCUUGAUCAGCCUGUAUGCAACCAAGUGCCCGUCAAGUCCUCGUACCUUGAUCAGUCUGUAUGCAACCAAGUGGCCGCCAAGUCCUCGUACCUUGAUCAGCCUGUAUGCAACCAAGUGCCCGUCAAGUCCUCGUACCUUGAUCAGCCUGUAUGCAACCAAGGGCCCGUCAAGUCCUCGUACCUUGAUCAGCCUGUACGCAACCAAGGGCCCAUCAAGUCCUCGUACCUUGAGCAGCCUGUAUGCAAACAAGGGCCCACCAAGUCAUCGUACCUUGAUCAGCCUGUAUGCAACCAAGUGUCCGUGAAGAACUCCUGCCUUGAUCCGCCGUUAUGCAACCAAGUGCCGUUACAGUCCCGCUGCCUUGAUCCGCCGGUAUGCAACCAAGUGCCGUUACAGUCCUACCUUUAUCUGCCUCAGCUCAACCACAUGCCCCUCCCGUUCGCCGAGUUUCAUCCGCCUGUACACAACGUGGCCGCCAUGUCAAGUAUCCAACCGGUCACCGAUGCAGACGAUGCACUUUCGACCUUCCCGGGCUUUGCAUACGAGCGACGUUCUGUUGGAGGCGUCGUUUAUUUUGAAUCCUGCACCCUGCCAACGCACUGGGAAAAGUGACACUUACUGCGAUUUUAGAUUUGCCCCUGGCCGGGCGACAGCUGAUGGCGCUAAGUGACGUGUCAUCAUUUCAAUUUGUGAUUUUAGUCAUAUUUUCACUCUUUGUUCCUUUUACAUUUUAUAUUCAUUAUCUUAUCUUCCCCAAUGCACUCCUUUCUGUUAUUUUGUCAUUUUCCUAUCAUACAAUUACAUUCCGUAUUGUAACAGUCUCUUGCAAUGUGAAAUAUCAUAUCACCAAUACAUUCAAAUGCACACGCUGGAUCAACCGAAGGCGCAGAACAAUGACACUGUAUUCGAAGAUCCCUUCCCGCUGAGAAUCUGAUAACUGUAGAAGUAACCGCUGCCCAAUUAGUAUUUUCUAAAUUCUAAAAAAAUGACAGCUUUCCUAAAAUAAAAGAAAGCUGCGCGUUGGGUAUUUCUUCAGUGAUCUUAUUUGUGCUGAUUUGAGGUAUACGCUACGACAGGAUUAACUAUAGAAACGUGAAAUUUUUAAUGUCUGAAUAACACCACGAACUUCCGUGUGAGGUCGCGGAUAUCAAAGUACUUAUUUUUUUUUUAUUUGAGUGGCAGUUGAGUAACAGCUGGUCAUGAAUAAACACAAAAUCAAGUAUUGAACUUGCUGAAUUCAGUCUUUGAUUGGCUCUUCAGAGAGUUGAACUUUGUGAAUAAUAAAUUGUCUAGACCCAAGAAGUCUCCGUCGGUUCUCGACUUCACAGCGAUUCGAUGCGCCAACUUCAAUGCCGUCUCGCCGCCCGCCUUUUCUUUUUGCUUUGGCUCGCCGAACCCUUUCUCGGUUGCUUUCUUAAAUUUUGUGGAAGGGUGGUUUAGCAUCGCACUUCGAGUAAGUUCUCUUUACUGAUCCUUUAAAGCUCGUUUCCAUACAUCUCUCAUUGGUCUCACGCGUACUGCUGCAUUGAUGGUGCGAGAUUUUACCUCACUUUCUUUUUGUAUUUAUUUACGCGUUUCUUUUUCACGGCAACGAGAGCCAAAACCUUCUGGGGUGCUAAUGCAAGAACAACUCGCUAGGUGCGGGACGUACGUUUUACCCCCCCCCCCCCCCUCCUUUCCCUUCCCUUCCCUUCGCGGGUUCUUCAUAUAGCGGUGCUCUUGUUGUUUCGGCCAAGAUUUCAUUUCAUUGUAAAAAUUUCAUUGUAUUCAAUUGUGCUGUUUCUUAUAUAAUGUCUAUUUCAUUGUCGCUAUGCUGUGUGUGAUUGUUCGUUGCUGCGACUUUCAUAAAACCUCUGUAUAAAGCAUUUCCUUUCUUUCAAUAUGUGCGUUACUCUAGGAUGCUAAAAUACCCCCCCCCCCCCCAACCUCUAUGGCGUGCCUUAUCAGAUCAUGGGUUAUCAUAAUCAUGAUUAUGAGAUUUUCAUUCUUUAAAAUGUACGCGACCACGAGUGAUUACUCUAGAAUGCGCUGCGGUGCAUGCAUACACGGCGUACGUAUAAGCAGCGCCACUGCAACAUACGUGAGAAUAUUUGCCUGCCGAAAUUUGAACGUUGUUGCUAGAGAGAAAUUCAUAAUUCAUACAUUCAUAAUUUUGUUGCAUCGGGCUCACAGUGUUAUCCACUUGUGAAUACCACUUCUAUGUGAUAGACCCCCUGGGUCUUAGUCUUGUUGCUGCGACAGCUUUUUUUUUUGCCCUCUGUCCCUUCGUUUCACUUUGCUCUGGAAAAUAAAAUUUCAUUACCUGUCAACUCGCCCGAUUUGUCAGGGACACUCCCGAA